AAAAAGGCAAAAACUAUGAAUCCCUCCAAACUGGAACUGUUCCACCAGCUUCGGGAAUUUAUUCCAUCCUCAGUAGAGGGAGCAUAUAAUCCGAUUCGGUUUUGUUACCGACAACAAGAAAAACACAGUCGCCUGCAGAUCUUCACAACAGCUAUCGGGAUGUGCUUAUUAUAAUACAUGUUUUUAAACCCAAGGAUUUACAAGAAAGUUAUGGAUCUACAUUCCCCCUUGAAGAGCGUGUGAUGCAUAUAUGGACACAGAGGACUAACAAAGGCACCUGCUCAAAUACUCAAGGAGAGAAGAUUAAUUCAGUGGCUUAUUGCUGAAGCAAAAUGGGCAAAACAAACUUCCAACAAAAGAAUGUGUUUCUCUUCCAUUCUAGAAGUCAACAUGCAGUCUGAAUCCAACAUUACAGUUCGAGAUGCCAUUGACGACAUCAACACAAAUAUGUACCAACCACUGUCUUAUCCAUUAAGCUUUCAAGUUUCUCUUACUGGAUUUCUGAUGCUAGAAAUUGUAUUGGGACUUGGCAGCAACCUCACCGUAUUGGUACUUUACUGCAUGAAAUCCAACUUAAUCAACUCGGUCAGUAACAUUAUUACAAUGAACCUGCACGUCCUUGAUGUAAUAAUUUGUGUGGGAUGUAUUCCUCUAACUAUAGUUAUUCUUCUGCUUUCUCUGGAGAGCAACACAGCACUGAUCUGCUGCUUCCAUGAGGCUUGUGUCUCCUUCGCAAGUGUUUCCACUGCAAUCAACGUCUUUGCUAUCACUUUGGACCGAUACGAUAUCUCUGUGAAGCCUGCAAAUCGGAUUUUGACCAUGGGAAGGGCUGUAACGCUCAUGACAUCGAUAUGGAUUGUCUCUUUCUUCGCAUUCUUAAUUCCAUUCAUUGAAGUGAAUUUCUUCAGUCUUCAAAGUGCCAAUACUUGGGAAAAUAAGACGCUCUUGUGUGUCAGCACGAAUGAAUACUACACAGAGCUGGGAAUGUACUACCACCUUUUAGUGCAGAUUCCUAUUUAUUUUUUCACCGUUAUAGUAAUGUUAAUUACAUACAGCAAAAUCCUCCAGGCACUCAAUAUCCGAAUAGGCACAAGAUUCUCCGCGGCACAAAAGAAAAAAGCAAGGAAGAAAAAAACCAUUUCUUUGUCCACACAACAUGAAACUACUGACGUAUCCCAAAGCAGUGGAGGGAGAAAUGUCGUCUUUGGCGUAAGGACUUCCGUUUCUGUUAUAAUUGCCCUACGGAGGGCUGUAAAGAGACAUCGCGAAAGACGGGAAAGACAGAAGAGAGUCUUCAGGAUGUCACUGUUGAUCAUUUCAACUUUUCUUCUCUGCUGGACGCCAAUUACAGUUUUAAACACUACCAUUUUAUGUUUGGGCCCAAGUGACCUUUUGGUAAAACUGAGAUUAUGUUUUCUAGUCAUGGCAUAUGGAACUACCAUCUUUCAUCCUCUACUAUAUGCAUUCACUAGGCAGAAAUUUCAGAAAGUUCUGAAAAGCAAAAUGAAAAAACGUGUUGUUUCAAUAGUGGAAGCUGACCCCAUUCCAAAUAAUGCUGUUAUACACAACUCAUGGAUAGAGCCUAAGAGGAACAAGACAAUUACUUUUGAAGACCAUGAAGUAAGACAGAAAUGCUUAGUACCUCAGGUUGUCACAGAUUAGAUUUCAGUACUCACUGAAUCAUUUAAGAGGAAACAUUAAGAAGAAGCUGAAGUAAAUACUGCCAAAUAAGGAUCUUUUUUUUAAAAAAAAUGGACGAUAGAAUUGGGUAGACUGUAAAUGUUUGACAUGUGCUAAA